UAACGCUCCCUUAACUGUUGAGGCUAUAGCAAAAUGCCGUCCGAGUUUGCGAAUCGGUCCACUCCAUGAACAGCAUCGGACUUGUUUUUCUUGUUUUUUGCAACAUUUACCAACGAUAGAUGAUGAUUGAUGACAAGCAGAAAGUAGAACCUUAAGCCCAGAAAGUAGAGAAACAAAUAAACGAAAAUGUGGAACUCAAUUCUAGGAGGAGACGAUGAAGAAGAAAGAGAUGAACGUUUCUUUGACGAUCAAACUACCACCGAUGAUGAACUCUGUAAUCUCUCUUACACCCAGAGAAUUUAUGCUUUUGCUGCGUGUUUGAUCGCUGGUUUGCUCUUCAUAUUCUUGUCAUUGAUCGUUUUCAUAAGGCCCAUCAAAUUUGCCCUUCUGUUUACUUUUGGGAAUAUGUUGGCUGUUGGAAGUACAGCCUUCCUCAUUGGACCAGCUGAGCAAUUAAGAAAGAUGUUUGAUCCUGUCCGUGUUUAUGCAACUGCAGUGUAUCUGGGAUGUGCAAUUUUGGCUCUUAUAUGUGCUAUCUUGAUCCACAGCAAGAUUCUAACUAUGCUUGCUAUGAUAUGUGAGAUAUGUGCUCUCAUUUGGUACAGCUUAAGCUACAUUCCAUUUGCCAGAAGAGUAGUUUCUGAUGUGAUGGUUCGCCUCUUUGACACUGAAAUAUAAACUCUUCACGAGUUUACUGCUGUCAUUACCAAUUCAAGCAGGUUCAUACAGUCUCUAAUACCCAUCUUCUGCAUGUUGCACAUACACUAAUUUCUUGUUACAAUUUCUUUUACUGUAAAUUUUACCAUAAAUCAUUUUUUCGUGUCAAACUGGGAAGGAAAAAUUUGUGACUAAUAGAUCAAACUAUCAAAUGUUCCUGUGUGCUGUAUUGAUACUGACCUAUCACCUCUGCACCUAAAAGUAUAUGAUGUUGAUCCUCAACAACCUUAAUUCA